GUCCAUCCCGCAGGACUCUCCCCACGCAGUCCCUGCGGAAGUGGCCGCGCCGCCAUGUUGGCUGGGAGGGGAAGUGGAGGCCUGGCCCCCCACUAAGAUGGAGGAGAGGAGCCAACUGGGGGCCUAGGGCCCCCUCAGGCCGAAGGGCGAGCUGGGGCCCAUGGAGCAGCGCUAGUUUAUGCUGUAGACAGCUACUUCACUGCCAAAAUGACAUCUUCGACCUCUGAACAGCAUCCAGCAUCUGAGAAUGCCUGCAGAAUCGCACUUGGACAAGCUAACCAGGUACAACCGAAACUGCCACUCCUGAAGAUUCUGCAAGCAGCAGGUGCACACGGUGAAACCUUCACAUUGAAGGAGGUCAUGCAUUACCUGGGACAGUAUAUAAUGGUGAGGCAGCUAUAUGAUAAGCGGCAACAGCACAUGGUGUACUGUGGAGGGGAUCAGCUGGGCGAAUUGCUGGGACUGGAGAGCUUCUCUGUGAAAGAUCCAAGCCCGGUUUAUGACAUGCUGAAAAGGAACCUGACUUCUGUUACUAUUACAGAUGCUGCACAGACUCUUGCUCUCGCAAAGGAUCAGAGCGUCGAUAAUCCAAGCCAAGACCAGCUGAAGCAGACUAGCACAGAGGGAAGCUCUGACACUGAGGGAACGGAGGACAAAAGUGGUGCUCCUGCUUUGUCUACCUCACAGCACAGCUAUGGAAACUGCGAAGACAAAGACUUAAUAGAAAACCUCUCAAAAAGCAAGAAGCCCAAGCUGGAUCUGGUAUUUGAGGAGUGGGAUGUAGCUGGCCUUCCAUGGUGGUUUUUAGGAAAUCUGAGAAACAACUACAAGUCCAGAAGUAACGGGUCAACAGAUAUACAGACCAACCAGGACAUAGACACUGCCAUUGUUUCAGAUACUACUGAUGACUUGUGGUUCCUCAAUGAAUCUGCUUCGGAUCAAUUCAAUGUUGCCGUCAAAGUGGAGACAGUGGACUGUGAAGAAGUGGGGAAAGAGAGUGACAAAAAGGUGAUUGAGGUUACGUGUACUGAUGACCUCGAGGAUUCUCAGUCCCUAAGUGACGACACAGAUGUAGAAGCUGCCUCUGAGGACUGCUGGCAAUGCACCAAAUGUAAGAAGUUUAACUCUCCUGUCAAACGGUACUGUUACCGCUGCUGGGCCUUACGGAAGGACUGGUACUCGGAUUGCCCCAGACUAGCUCAUUCUCUCUCUCUGUCCACCAUUGAUACUAUUCAAGGCAAAAAGGAUGAUGAGGGAAUCGAUGUCCCAGACUGCAGAAGGACUGUGUCUGCUCCAGUUUGCCGACCCAAAGAUCUGCACACAGGUGAAUGUGAGUCCCAUGUAGACCCUGGCAGCUCUAUGGAGUCCCUGGGUUUGACACAAGAAUGCAAAGUCCAGGAGCCACAGAUGCAUUUUGGUGAACACAAAAAGGAAGAAGUAGUAGAAUGGCAAGAGAAUAUCAAAAAUUUGUUGAAUCCCUGCAUUCUAUGCCAGAAGAGGCCACGGGAUGGGAAUAUUAUCCAUGGAAGGUCUGGUCACCUAGUAGCUUGCUUCAAAUGUGCGAAAAAGCUGAAGAAAGGGAGAUUGCCAUGUCCAGUGUGCAAGAAACCGAUCCAGAUGGUGAUCAGAAUCUUCGUGGGGUAGCUGUGCCACUGCAAGGUGCUUCAGGGACUUAAAUGGUCACUAGUCAGGGGACAUCUGCCACAAGGUUUACGUUAGUGUCUAUGGUGCUACAAGGGAACCUAAUUAUGUAACGCAGCUAAAGAACAGGGGUCCCAAACUGACAAAGAAAGUUGAGGAAUCCCCGUGAUGAAAUGAAACAAUGUUCGGUUUUUAGUGUCAGUUUACGUUCCUGGGGCCUGACUGAUCCGUCAGUAGCAUCUGCCCCAGGUUUUAGAAUUUCUAAAUCCUUUACUUUCCAAGUUCUAGAGGAGAUGAUUUCACCCGCAUGGUCUUGUUUUCAUAACUGAUCCUUGCAGAAGCCAGAUGGUUAAUAAAUAAAUAUUUAACUCUGGUUGGUUGUAUGCUCUGCAGUAAGCUAAACUCUGUGCAGUGCCUGAAAAUAGAAAGCACAGGGUGGGAGGAGAGUGUGUCUGUGUGUACACACAUGUACGCUGGAUUCUCCCAGGAUCAGUUCUCAGAAGAGUAAUGGUGAAUGGGGGUUACAAGACUUCUAACUCUCUUCAGUAUUUUGUAAGAUUGGGUUGAGACACUCCCCAAAAUCCAUAAUGAAAAACAAACCUCCCCAACUUUUAAUCAAUAUGUAAACCACCCUGUAUGAUUUAACAAUCAUGCAAGAGCAAGGUGUCAUGUCUUGUUCUCUUAAUGGAUCCUUUUUAAUUAAAAUACAGUGUUGGGGACCAGUUCCUCGGCUGCUGCCAAUCGGCAUAGCUCAGUCAACUCAAUGCUAAUUGACACCAGCUGUGGAUCUGGCCCUUAGGUUAGGUGUGCACUUACAGCAGUUGUGUGUGUAUAUACGAGCAUUCUAAUGCUCACAAUUAGCCCCUCACACCUACAGCUGUUUUAACUGCAUCCCUACCUUUUUUACGCUGGCUGAUCAUUUGAGAAAAGUCUCUAUUUAAAGUGCUAGUGAGAUUUACUAAUGUGCAAUUUUGAAAAAUAAGGCCUUUAUCUUUGUGCGCCACCUGACAGCUGGUUUAUCUAAGGAACUGUUGCGUGAUGUUAGUCACACUUGGACCCUCUUCAAUUUGAUUUAGUUUCUUACAGGUUUUAACUCGUCUCAGAAUCCUUCUGCGGUAUUCUUAUCUGCACAGUGUAAUAGAGGGUCCAUCUGCCGCUAGAAUUUGUAGUUUUAAACUGUUGUUAAAUUCUUUCUUAAAGAGCACACCCUAGGUAUCUACCCACAUCUUUCUCAACCCCCAUCUGCAGGAAGGAGCUCCAGGAUGCCUCAAGGAGAGCAUCCUCUAUUGUCCCUUGUGGAGGUUGGUCAGGAUUUGCCCAUGUGGGGAAGGCUGUGGAGUGCCUGUCCUCAAACCUGGGGGAUCUGUAGGGGAACAGGGUCAUUCACAUUCCACUGGACCCACGCUACCAGAGUACCAGACUCCCGCCUACAGCCACAGCUACCCUGGGGACUCCUGAGGGUUUGAGUAACUUCCACUGGGCAGGUGGAGAAUCACUGGGCACCCAUGUUCCAUUCUCCUCUGGCCUGCCCUAUCUCUAGCCUGUUCCCCAGCAUGGACCUCGGACCAUGUGCAAAGGCAUCUGCAGGGUCCAAGGGGAGGAGACAGUGCUGUGGAAGCACACGAUCUUACCAAAUGCAGGGUCUCCGCCAGGCUAGAUCAAGCCCCUAUAGAUCUAUGCAUAUCAGUUGGCCGUAAAGCAGGUAUAUAGCCCUUCUCCUGCUGCACUUUCCCUUCUCUCCUGCAGAGCUAUAGCCAUAAUUACAGCUCACUAUGUAGAGUAAAUUUACUUACCUCCAUCCCUCCUCAAAACACACACCCCUUUUAGCACCUUUGUUUUAUUUCCUACUUACUUAAAAUAAAUAAAAACCUAGAAAAAAUAAAGAUGGCCAACACCUGUUAGAUCCCAUUUAGCCCAGCACUCCCUGGCCACCACAGGGUUGCUCUCAACAAUGUGUUAUCCAAGGUUUUGUCCAGGCCUGUUUUAAAAUAGUUCUAGGGUGGACGCUGUCACUUCUCUGUUUUGAAUACCAAGAAAUGUUCAUUCGGUGUAGCAGCUCAGUACACUGGGAAGCCAUAGUUCUUUGUCAAUAGAAUACACAUUGUGGGGUUGCGUCUUCUGCUGUGAAGACUAUGGGCUCCUCCAAAGAGAUGGAUUAUUUGAUCUACCAGGUGUUUACCUUCUAACUAUUAAGAUCCACAUAUCUGCCUUCUACUGUAAAGUGUCUAUCCAGUGCAAGUUGGGUGGGGAUUCCUAUUACUUGGGCCACCUAGACUGCCCUGUCUCUAGCAUGUGAUUUGGGGAAGAUUUUUGCCUCCCCGUUCUGAACCAUCACUGCCAGCCAUUGCAGCUUGUGCUGUACAUCAUAGCCUUAUUGCCCAGAGUUCCCGAGGGUGUACAGUUCAACUGAGCCUGUAAAGCUGCAGGAGGCUUUACGUAUUCACAAAGAACUGUAGUUUCUUCUCUAGCUACAUUCCUUUUUGAUCUAGUAUUUUUAUCGUAGUCUUUCUAACUCCCUUCAUCUCCCUGGUAGAGACACAAAGCAGGUACAGGCACCCCACAAGGUUCCUCAGAGCAGCGCGUAGCACUCUGCUGCUGAAGCAGCUCUAUCUCCAAAGUUUCACAUGGGAAGGGAAGGGAAAAUAUAUAGCAUGGACUGAUCAGUACCCUCUUAGCUAUGUUUAGAGAGGGGGCAGUGGCUCUCCUCUGGUUUAAUGUUGAGCUUGGGAGGAGGAGAGGGGAACGGAUCUCUUUUCCAUGGCUAUAAUCCAGGCUUUUCCUCUCUCCCUAUUGAUUUGUGGCUUUUAGUUAGAAAGCGCUACUACUGGGCAUAGGCUGACCAGCACAGCGCCAGGACUGGAUGUGCAGCUGACUAGCAGUACUUCGGUAGCUAUAAGUGAGCAAGUCUAAGCAGAACUGGGAACCAUUCCAUGCCGCUAAAUACUUGACACUCUUUCAGGUGGUUCUCAAAGCAACUUUUUCCUUCUCAAGUCCAAAACCAGUCUUUACCAUGUGUAAAGCCAGCUGUAAGUCUACGUCUGCCGGGGAAGGUCACAAAACUCAGCAGCACCAAAACCACGCUGAGCUUAUUCUUCCUCUGCAGGGAUGUGUGGAAUCAGAGCUAUCACUGCCAAAAGCACACCAAACCUGUUGGUGAUUCUGCAGUUAUAUUGACUUGACUUUGUUUUACCGUGUGAUGAUUACUGUGUGUUUUUAUUUGCUGUAAAUGUACAAAUGGAAUGAGUUUUGUUUUUAAACCACAAGUUAAGCUGCAGUGCACCAAAUUGCAGUUU